AUGCAUUUUAUUGAAAUAUUAGAUAAACAAAAUAUUAAAAUUAGUUAUAAAAAAUAUGAUAAAAAUCGUUUAAUAGAAAAAUAUGAUCCAUCUUGUUUAAAUAAUAAAUUUGUUUCAAUAUUAUUUGAUGAAAAAUUAGAUAAUACAUUUAUUGAAAAUAUUUUAUUAAAUGAAAUUUUAAUUAAUCGUCAACAGUAUCAUUUUAUUGGUUAUAGUAAUAGUCAAUUAAGAGGUCGAUCAUGUUAUUUAUAUGCUGGUUCAAUUGAACAAAUAGAACAAAUCAUUAAUGAUAAUGGAGAUUUUAAUAAAAUUAAAAGUUUAAGUGAACAAGCAGCACGUAUUGGAUUAUUAUUUUCAAGUUGUAUACACCAACAAUUCAUAUUGAAUCUGAUCAUGUUAUUCAAAUUGAUGAUAUUGAAAAAAAAAAUGGUUAUACUUUCACUGAUGAGUAAUUCUUUUUUUUAA